AUGGAUGUUUGUUUUAAUGAUUUGAGUGAUGGAUGUAAAGCGGCUGCAAAAAAAGCAUCUGAAGGUUCAUUUGUAAUGAAAGAUGCUGUUUUAAUGGAAUACAAACAUCCAGAUGGAAGUAUUGGAAAAAUAAGAGCACCAAUUGAAGGUGUUGUUAGUUAUAGAAGAAAUGUUCAAAGAGGUGCUGUUCUUGAAAAUGGACAAACAAUUGCUGUUGUUCAAGAUUGUCAACAUGCAAUUGUUAUCAAAGAUAUGUGUGCAACUUGUGGAAAAGAUUUGAGAGAGUUAGUUCAACUUUUUUUUCUGGCAUUCGACAUUCGAAAAUUAUACAUCCCACAAGCUUCUAGAAAAUAGUUAUGACGUGGUAAAUUAUGUUUUCAGUCCUCAGAAAUGACAAAAGAUAGCCACAAUUUUUCCAUAUUUUCUGCUGAAAAUUGGAAUAGAAAGUUUUGUUCAGAACAGUACUAUUUCUGAUUUUUGAAAAUUUCAAUAAUUUCACUAUGAAAAAAAGCUGUCAAGUAAUAUUUUCGAAAACAUUUUCAGAAUAAUUACGGUAUUUAACAUUUCUGUCAGUUUCGCAACUUCGCCACGUCAUGACUUUUUUCUAGGCAAUUGUGGGACUUGAAAAUAUUUGAGAAAAAAGUUGAGAUUAUAAGUUGACGGCCUACAACAAUGAAAAAUAUUCAUGAUUUCAGAAAAGGAGGUCGAGCUGGUCAGAGAAAAGAACAAACAACUGCAAAUGUUUCAAUGAUUCAUCAUGUUCCAGAAUUGAUUGUUUCAGAUUCGGUAUAUAUUUAUUUAUUCAUUUAUUUAUAAUCACUCUUAUUCCAUUAUAGCUUGCUAAAGAACUUGGAUCUGCUGAUGAAACUAAUUUAAUAUCAACUCGGAAACUUGUUCUUCUCGUUGAUCUUGAUCAAACCAUCAUUCAUACAUCUAAUUUACCAUUCACAAUUGAUCCGGAAAAACACGAAAAUGUUACAAAAUAUAACAUUGGAAAUGGUGCUUAUACAACCAAAUUGAGACCACAUACAAUGGAAUUUUUAAAUAAAAUGGCAACAAUUUAUGAAAUGCAUAUUGUAACUUAUGGACAAAGACAAUAUGCUCAUCGAAUUGCACAAAUUUUGGAUCCAGAUGCUAGAUUAUUUGGACAACGAAUUUUGUCGAGAGAUGAAUUGUUUUCGGCGCAACAUAAAACUAGAAAUCUUAAGGUAUUUCUUUUUUAAAUUAAUGUUUUUUAGAUCAUAAAUUUUAGGCAUUAUUUCCAUGUGGAGAUAAACUUGUUGUUAUAAUUGAUGAUCGUGCAGAUGUCUGGCAAUAUUCAGAAGCAUUAAUUCAAGUAAAACCAUAUCGUUUUUUCAAAGAAAUUGGGGAUAUUAAUGCACCAAAAGAUUCAAAAGAACAAUCAAUUCCUCCAGCUCAAAUUGAAGAUGCGGCACACGAAGAUUGUGUUUUAGAAGAACUUGAAAGAGUUUUAACAAAUAUUCAUGAUAAAUAUUAUGAACUUCAUGAUUUAAGAACUGCUGACACUCCAUUAAUUGAUGUUAAACAAGUUGUAAAUGAUCAACGGAAAAGAGUUCUCGAUGGAAGUGUUAUUGUUUUAUCUGGAAUUGUACCAUUGAAUGAAAAAAUUGAGAAAACUGAUGUCUAUCGGAUUUGUAUUCAAUUUGGUGCAAAAAUUGUGGAUUCUGUGACUGAAGAAGUUACACAUGUUGUUGCUGCAAGAUGGGGAACUACGUAAGUUAUUUUAGAUCCAAUUUAUUGUUUAACAAAAUUCAUAAUUAUUAUUUUUCAGAAAAGUUCAUCAAGCGAUUAGACUUAAUAAACAUGUCGUAACUGUUCAAUGGAUUUAUGCAUGUGUUGAAAAAUGGUUGAAAGCUGAUGAAAAAUUGUUUGAAUUGACAAAAGAAUCAACUCCGCCUUCAGGAAAACCAUUAGGAAGUAAAUAUGUGAAUGAUUUGGCAAAUAUGAGCACUAUUGGCAAAACAACUUUGGCUGAUAUGAAUAAUGAGGUUGGGGAGUUUUUUUUAAAGAAAAAGUUGUAAUUUUUGAUUUUUAGGUUGACGAGAUUCUUGGAGAUGAUGAUGACGAUGAAGAAGAGGAAAAUAGCAAAGAUGGGCAAAGUAGUUCGAUUAAAAAACCGACAGAAACUAAUGAAACAAACAGAAAGAGAAAACAUGCACCAGAAGAAGAAUAUCAAAGUGUAAGUAUUUCGAAAAUAAAAAUUUCAAAAUUUGAUCAGAAUCGGAUAAGAAAGUGCUCGUCAUAUUUCAAAAGAUCAUAUUUUCAAAGUAAAAAUCUAGAAAUUAUUUUAAUAAAUUAUAUUUUGUCAGGACGAGGAAGAUAUUGGAGAUGACAAUGAUGAGACACCAAUGUCUUACGCAAAACUUCUCUCAAAAUCGAAAAAAGCUGGAAGAAUUGUUGGUGAAAAUGGAGACGACGAAGAUGAGAUUUAUGAUGUUGAUGAUGCGGUAAUUUUUUUCUUGAAAAAUAUAUUUGAAAUACUUUUGGAAUCUAAAUUAUUUAGAAGUAUAAUUUUUGAGAAAUUUUCUUAGAAAACAACCUUUUUGAUUUUUUUGGAAUGUUCUUAUUUUAAAUAGUUCAUAGGAACGAAUUCCGGAAAUUUUCAGCUUUCCGGAUUUGAUCUUCCCGUCUCAGGUCUGAGAUAAACUUUAUAUUUGCUCUUUUUAAAAUAUUCAUUUUCAAUGAUUUUAAGCAUGGACACGACGCAGCUGUUCUCAACAAACCAAAUACAGAAAAUGAAAAUGAGGAUGACGAUUUAGAAGAAGACGACGAUGACGAAGACGAUGAAGAACAAGGAGAUUCAGACGAUGAUGAUGAUUUCGAAGAUAUGGCUGCAAUGAUUGAAAGACAAGUUAGCCAUGAAGGUGAAUAA